CUUCCUCGCUGUGGGAUGAGAUCAGAGCCCCGUUCAUUUUCUCUGUGUGCGCCCCCUGCGCAGGUGCACAAGCUUCUGAUUGUGGUGGAGCUCCUGUUGGGGGAGAUCCCAGACCGCCUGCAGUUCCGUCAGCCCUCCCUCAAGCGCUCUCUCAUGCCCUACUUCCUUCUCACCCAAGCUGUUAGGACAGGAAAUCUUGCCAAGUUCAACCAAGUCCUGGAUCAGUUCGGGGAGAAGUUUCAAACAGACGGGACCUACACCCUAAUUAUCCGGCUGCGGCACAAUGUGAUUAAGACAGGUGUGCGCAUGAUCAGCCUCUCCUAUUCCCGGAUCUCCCUGGCGGACAUUGCCCAGAAGCUGCAGCUGGAUAGCCCAGAAGAUGCAGAGUUCAUUGUCGCCAAGGCCAUCCGGGACGGUGUGAUCGAGGCCAGCAUCAAUCACGAGAAGGGCUAUGUUCAGUCCAAAGAGAUGACUGACAUCUACUCUACCCGCGAGCCUCAGCUAGCCUUCCACCAGCGCAUCUCCUUCUGCCUGGACAUCCACAACAUGUCUGUCAAGGUGAGGCGCCCGGGCCGCUGGUUGGGCUAGCUGCUAGCUGGUGAU